CUCUUUGUCUCUCCCAGCUCUUUUUUAUUCCCUCGCUCAGACUCGACUUGCUGUAGUGAGUUCCUGUCCGCAACCUGUCUUUUUGCGUUGGAAUUUGAUCGUCCGGCAGUGUCUUCAUUUCUCAGACCCUGCCUUCAUUCCUCGGCCAUCCACCCCUCACGCCUCCUCAUACAGCUUCUCGCUCAAGUCUGCCUUUCGACCAUGGCGAGAUCCUCCUCCUACUCAGAUGCUCCCACACGGGACUCUGGAUAUCGCGAGCCCUAUGGCUACCCAACCUCAUCCGGGCGGGACUCGAGAUAUGACGUCGCUGAGUACUCUCUCAGACCGACCGCCAGAGGUAAAGACUCGUCCUCCUCCGCCAGGCAGCGCUCACGAUCCCGCUCCCGUGACGCCAAACCGUCCCGCGACACAAAGCACCGCAAGAAGCGACGCAGCGGCGGCGGAAGCGGAAGCAGCAGCUCCUCAUCGUCAAACGAGCCCCCAGCAGCCACCAAGGGAAACACCGUCGUGAGCUCAAACAGCAACGCGGCCUCCUUCACGCCGGCCGCCAUGUUCAGCAACCUCCAAAACGCCUUCCACGCCUUCCAGUCCAUCCCGAACCUCUCCACCUCAACCUUUGAAUUGGGCCCCCUCCCCGACACCCCCGUGACGAACCUCAUCAACCCAAAGAACCUCCACCCACCCCCCUCCCAGGCCGUCCUCCACGACCGCCUCGCCACGAACCUGCCCCGCCACAGCAACGUCUACCUCAUCCUCCUCGUCGGCACCCUCCUGGCGACCCACUGGCUCGUCCUCGCCGCCCUCUUCGGCGUCGUCAAAUUCGGCUUCUUCAUCCAGUCCUACAACGGCCGCGACCUCGCCCGCGACCUCGGCGUCAGGAAGUACGCCUCCACCCAGAGCAUCAUGUCCGGCUUCACCGCCUUGGCUGCCAUCGUCGGCCUGUGGGCCUUUUCCUCGCUGUUCGGCGUCGUCUUCACCCUCGCCAAGGUCGCCGGCCUCGUCCUCGUGCACGCCGCAUGCUUCGACGUAUCAGCGGCAGGCGGCGGUCGGCCGACCGGAGCUGCUGCUGCUGCUUCAGCACCUUCACCCGUGCCAAGCCAAGGGUUCCUGAGACCGCCUGCGGUGCCCGCGGGUUGGGGCCUGGUCUCACGGGAGGUGACGAACGUGGCACAGCUUAGAUCUGCGAGCGAGGGCCAGCUCAGGUCCGCCAGCGAGGGGAACCUUAGCGGCGGCGGCGGCGGCGGCGCACCACCAUACCCGAGCGGGAAUGGAUGGUACGCGGGCGAGGGGUACACUGGGCCCCCGACGCCAGAGACGUACGCCGAGAUGCCGCGGACGCCGCGAUCCUUUGAGGCAUAUGCUCCCGGUCCCCGAAGGGAGGAGCACGAUGCCGGGGAUCUGGCGUAUGGGUAUUACGAGUCUGCUCGGCCUCAGAGUUAUGCAUCGGGCAGGUCGCACUAA